AUGAAUUUUUAAUAAAAAUAAAUUUUAUUUAAUCCUAAAUUACAUGAACAACCUGGUACUUCUGAAUAAGAAAUUAUAUAAAUAAAAGAAGCAUUUGAUUUUUUUGAUAAAGACGGUAGUGGUUCUAUUUAAAUAGACGAAUUAAAAGCUGCUAUGUUAUCAUUAGGAUUUUAAAUAAAUGAAAAAAGAUUAGAAGAAAUAAUGAAUGCCUUGGAUAAAGAUAAUACUAAAUCUCUUGAAUUCGAGGAAUUUUUAGAUUUAAUGAAAAAAAAAAUCAAUGAAAAUGACACAACUGAGAAAGAUUAUUAAUAAAAAAUUAAAUCUAAUGAAUAUAAAAACAAACUUUUACAUUAAAAAAUAUCAUUUUAAAUGCUAAAAAAUAUAGCAGUAUAAAUUGGAGAAAAUUUAUAAGAUGAUGAACUUAUUGAAAUGAUAACAAAAGCAGAUAAAGAUAAAGAUGGUUUAGUGGGAUUCGAUGAUUUUAAAUAUAUUAUGAAAUGGUAAAAAAAUAUUAGUACAAGUAAAAAUAAUAUUAAUAAAUGA